AUGAUUUCACGUGAUGUAUUCUUCUUUGCUGUGCAGUUCUGGCGGCCGCAUGUGAGCAUCAUGUUACUAUCGGCUUUAUUGAUGCUCUUCUCAACGAGUUUGAGUCUCGCCAUUACUCAAAUAGCCAGAGAAGUCGCCACCUUUAACAACACGGCGGAAGAUAUCAUUAUAAACGACAAUGAUCAUACAAUAAUAUUUAUCGCCACUCCCUCUGCCUUUACACAACGAUGUAUCUUUCUUGCUGUGGUGAUAUUAUUAUAUCAUUUUUUCUCUUUCCUAGCCCAUAAGACGGCUUAUCAAGCAGGACAAAAGAUUCACAACACAAUUUUAGAGACUGUUCUUAUGGCUGUAUUGCGAACACCACAUGUAGAUCGUAUUUCAGCUAUUAGUCCUGUUGUGUUAUCACAAAUUAUUUAUUCCAGCGCCAAAACAUCAGCUGACGUUGCAGGGGCUUUAUUAACAGAUGUACUUUCAUCUAUAUAUGGUGCUAUUGCUAUUUUUUGUGUACUUCUUCAUAUGUCUAUUACACUCACUCUCACCAUAAGUGCGGUACUUGUGGGUUCACAACUUAUUUUACGCAUCAUGCGUCAACAACAGAAUAAACGUAGUAAAGAAUUGGCAUUGGCAGAAUCGAAUGUUCAAGCCUUUACAACAAAUGCACUUCAUCGUAAUGUAACCAUUCGUGUAUUUCAUGCGGAACCACUUAUUUUAAAUGGAAUUCGAGAGCGUCUUUAUAAUUUAUCCAUGAUUAACUCAAAUGUAGUAACUUCCAUUCAUGGACAAGCUGGGUUUUCAUCCGCAGUGACAGGACUUGUUUUUGUAUUAGUCCUUGGAAUGACAAAUUCUUACCAUCAACAGGGGGUAUUAGAUAUUAUAGAUAUUGGCAUGUAUUAUUUAUUACUUUAUCAAUUUAUUAAUAGACUUCAGCAAUUACAACAUGACAUUCAACGAACUCUUUCCCUUCUUGAGGGUCUUUAUACAUUAGAACAGUUAAUAUCAUGGUAUGAGGUAGGUCACCUGGUGAGUCAACAACUUACACAUGUGAAAUCUCAUUCAAUAAUAAAAACAGACAAACCACUGAUAACAAGUGAAAACUCAUUAAAGGAAAGUCCUGCUGAUAAACAGAAGGGUGUUGUCAUCUGCGCUUGUGAGAGUUCGGCCCCUAUUCUUUUGCAGAAUGUCACUUACAUAUAUCCAGAGAUUCCAUCAUUUUUCCCUGAUAUGGUAAAAAGUGGAAAUCAACUUUCUUCACCAUCUGGAAGUAGACAAACAGCGGAGACGGCAGAUAUGAACUUUCAUUAUGAGAGAAUUAAUGGGAUUCAAGAUAUUUCUUUUACCAUAGAAACUGGAAAAAUAAAUAUUCUUUACGGACCAAGUGGAUCUGGAAAGAGCACCUGUCUGAGACUUCUCGCCGGUUUACUGCAGCCACAUCAAGGGACCAUCUACACACAUGAAAAGAUAGCUCUAUUAGAACAACAUCAUGCGAUCCUCUUGGGAACAGUGGCGGAUAAUAUUCUAAUGACAGAUAUAAGAACAUUAUCAGAAGACGCGGUAACUCUUGCCCGUCGUGAUGUGAAUACAGCCAUGCAACACAGUAGAUGUCAUUCCUUUUUACAUGAUCCAUUUGAUGUGUAUAUUCAUAGUCCUGAGAAGACACAAUUUAGUGGAGGUCAACUUCAAAGAAUUUGCAUGGCUAGAUUAUUUGCCAAGCGAGACUCUACAUUGUUUCUGCUGGAUGAACCUACCACAGGUCUGGAUAAGGAGAGUGUGGAACAUCUUUUACAUACACUUAAAGAUCUUCACAGUACAUAUCAUAAAACAAUUGUGGUCGCCACACACGAUACACGAAUGACCUCCAUUGCACAUAAUAUUAUAAGAUUCGACGGUAAAAAAGAAAACUGUAAGAAUGAUUAA